UAAGCCGAGCGGCAGCGGGGCUGGAGAGCACACGGGCCCGGGCUGCUGCGCUUCCUCUGCGGCCAUGGCCUCCGCUCCGCCGCCGCCGCCGCUCUUCUCGGCCGCCGAAGUGCAGAGGCGCUGCGCGGACGGCGCCUGCUGGGUGCGGCGCGGCGCCCGCCUCUACGACCUCACGGGCUUCGUGCGUCGCCACCCGGGGGGCGAGCAGCUGCUGCGGGCGCGCGCCGGCCGCGACGUGAGCGCCGACCUGGACGGGCCGCCGCACCGGCACUCGGACAACGCGCGCCGCUGGCUGGAGCAGUACUACGUGGGCGAGCUGCGCGGCCCCACGCAGGAUCCUCAGGAGAAUGGAACUGUGACCUCGGCCAAUGCCCAGGGCACCAAUCCUAACAUGGAUCCAAGGUGCAAAUCGGUGGAUUUCGAAAAGGACCUGGUUGACUGGCAAAAGCCCUUGCUGUGGCAGGUGGGCCACCUGGGAGAGAAGUAUGACGAGUGGGUGCACCAACCUGUGGAUAGACCCCUCCGGCUCUUCCACUCAGAUUUCCUAGAGGCCUGCUCCAAGACUUCCUGGUACAUCGUUCUUGCUGUCUGGUCCCCAUUGGUGAUGUACCUCAGCUGGUUCUACUUCAGCGCCCUCACUCGGGACAACGUCCGACUCUUCACAUCAUUCACCACAGAGUAUGCCAUCCCUGUGUCCAAGUACGUAUUCCCAUUUUUCUUUGGUAUUGGGAUAUUGUCAUGGAGUGCCAUAGAGUACGCCCUUCACCGCUUUGUGUUCCACAUGAAGCCACCUGCUAGCAGCUCUUACCUCAUCAUGUUCCACUUCCUCAUUCAUGGCCAGCAUCACAAGUCCCCGUACGAUGGCUCCCGCCUGGUCUUCCCCCCACUGCCUGCUUCCCUGAUGAUUGCCAUGGCCUACGCGUUACUCCGCCUGCUCUGCCCUGAGGCCAUCGGGGGCACCAUCUUCACAGGCGGCCUCCUUGGCUACGUUGUCUAUGACAUGAUGCACUACUACCUGCACUAUGGGUCGCCAGCCAAGGGCACCUACCUGUACAAGAUGAAGGCCUACCAUGUCAAACACCACUUUGAACACCAGAAGUCAGGGUUUGGCAUCUCCUCCAAAAUCUGGGAUGUACUCUUCGAUACCCUCAUUCCAGAGACCUCGGAGAAGGAGCAGUAACACUUUCCCAGCCCCCUGGUGCCACCCUUCCCUCCCUCUUGGCUAACACUUCCUCCCCUCACCCUUUAGCUGGUGACCCCUGCAGGAUGCCUGGGCCACUGGGUGGGUCAGCCUCGCUGACCCAAUGAGAGGUGGUAGUGAUUCCCCGGCGAUAAAAGGGGCCAACGCCUUCCUAACACACCCCAGAAAAGCGAAGAAUGUUCUCCACACUCCCAGGAGCUGAGAACCUCCACCUUUCCCAUGGAAUGCCCUCCUGGCAGCCUGCCCACCCGAGACUCAUUGUGAUGCUGACGGCCCCACAGGCUCGCCGCAGCCUCAGUCCUGCGGCAGUGGUCCAGAGCCCUGAGUCCAAAGAGCCACAACCCUCGAGAGGAGUGAAGGAAACAGACCCCAUGGGAAAAGGAACAAGGAACUGCCCUCAGAUCCUUUCAAAGCCUCAAGUACCUAGGGCUGCCUUGUAAGAGAGUCCUGAUGACGCCCGUGGCAGUGGCCUCCACACUGCAAGGGCCAGAUUAGCUUCUGGCUCCUCCCGUCUCCCUUCCUUCCUCCUGGAGCAUGUCUUUCAUCACCCUUUAGGUCGAGGGGCAAGUUGGUCCAUCCACUCUCUAGCUUCUGGGAGAUGGUGCCACGAGGCCCGAAGCAUAUGAAGGGUUCUCAUUCAUUACCCGUGUUCUUCUGUGGAUAACUCCCUCAGUACCUAGGUCUGAGGCUGCAAGUGCCAAUUAUGAAGCCAAACAGUGCCUCUUAGACUGAUGGCCUUAGGGCCUGGCAGGCAUUCAGGAAAAGCCUGGGGACCACUCAUACCUCCCCUUCGGCUGGGCCUCCAGUCCCCGAACCCACCUCUUCAGAAGCAGGGAAUGGUCCAGUGAGAGUCCAGAGGUGGUAGUCACGAGCUGGGAGGCUGGCCAAAGACAUCACCGCUUUCCCUCCAUCACUAACACUCUGUCAUGAGAAUUCAUCCUAAUCCAUCUCUGAGGAUCCCUGGCCAGCUGGGAGGCAGACACUACCACAGUCCCAUUGAGAAAGUGAAGUGACCGAGGUGCCUUCUUUCCUCAUCCUUCCUUGUCUCAGACAAAUCUAGUGUUUGGCAACAGUCCCGUCACUCUGUGUUCCUCGUUCCUCAGUCACCUUCUUCCCAGCUCCUCCCCACAAUUACCAUCCCCC